GACGUUAUGUCUCGAUUUCGUCGUCGGAAUGUCGAAGCUGACUCUUCUUGUUCAUCUCGGAGCCUGACAUUGCGAGCGAGCGAGGAACGCACGAUGGAAGAGAAUUGUGUCCAAGCGCGAACAAUUUGAAUAAAGUCGAGUCGAGUUGAAUCGAGUUGAGUUGAGUUGAGGUAGAGAGAUGGGGCCGGUCGAGGAUGCGGAGAGGUUCGAUCGGGGCAAUCAGUGGAAAAUCCGGGACCAUGAUGACGCGGAGGAGACGUGAACGUUGCGCAAGUGUUCGUUUCGAGUGUGCGGAAUUAGCGAAUUGAGGGUUGAUAAGUCGAGGAAUGGCGCUGGCUCCCGUCAUGGCUCUCGUUGUCAGUCCGAAUUUCACUCUGCGGCGAUCUCCUCCUCAUUGCUUCCCCUUUCAAGCUUACUGCCCGACCUCUCUCAGUUGGAACGUCACGUACGCAAGUAAUGGGAGAAGAACCAUCAGAGGAGACUAUGACGGUGUUGAUAUUGCGCUCUCAAACCCCUCAAGAACCUCAAAUCCCAGAACGAAAGUUGCCUCCAGCGGUGUGAAUUCAAUCAUCGCGGAAGAUGCCGUAGAUCUUAUCAUUCCAUCUGCCUCGAAACCACCACCCCCUUCAAAACCAGAAAAAGACUACAUCGUGCGGGAAGCGAAACUUGACGAAGAGCUAUGGGCAGCAGCAUGGAUACGAGCCGAAAGUUAUUGUGAGGACCAGCCAUAUGUACGCUCAUCGGGAGCUCUACAGAAGUGGGGCAGAACCGGGGCAGAACCGCAGGAGUAUAGACUUGCAAAUCGUAGAUAUAUCGAGAGUUACAUGAAGAACUUCGCAGAACAGGAGUUUGACGCCUUGAAACGUCGUCUAAUGGGAAAAUAUGGACAAUCUCUUAAGUGCAUUUGUUUUGUUACGGUCAAGAAGAGGUCUUCACAAGAUUCUAGCGAGAGCGAUUCGGAGAAGACAUCUGCCAUGCAGAGUGUUGUUGGGACGCUAGAUCUAAGCGUGCGACAGCUAGCACAGGGUGAAGCUUUUCCAGGAGUAUGUGCUGCUUUGAGCCGAUACACAAACGAAUAUAUUUCAAACAUAAUUUGUGCGCAUUGAGCAGAUGCUGAACUGCUAUUUCUAUUGCAUUCAGGACUCAAUAAGGGCAUCAUUAGCCUCGGGCGCACCUGACGUACGUCGAUCACAAAGAUAUGGUUACGUAUCUAAUGUUUGUGUGUCCAAGACAGCACGUAGAAAGGGAAUAGGUUCUAGUCUUUUACAGGAGGCGAUCAAGUCUGCAAAAACUUGGGAACUCAAGGAGCUCUUUGUGCAUGUAAAUGCAAGUAAUAAGGCCGCUUUUCACCUGUACACUAAAUACAAUUUUCAGGUUGCCCAAGAGGGAGCCGUCGAGGUUGGCUUGAACAAUAUCAUCCUACUCCGGAGAGAAUUAUAACUGAACUUUCAAAGAGUGGGUUAUAUUUUUCAACCGUAGGGCAAUGUAUCAAUUUAUUAGCUCACCUGCCAAUAAGGAAUACCAUUUCUGCUUCAACUGGAAGAUCAUUAGAUGUGGUGUCACUCAUACCACGAUUAAGGUACAAAACCUUAUAGUGCCGCCCAAGGGCAGAGUAGCUUCAGUGUAUUUUGCUCCAAAUCAUUGUAUCAUCCCGCGAGCAGCAACCAAAACUGCCUGCUUUUGAAUUGUAAUAUAUAUAAAUUCUUGCA